CCAGUCCGGUUUAUCUAACGGGAUAUUUAUGUCAAAUAGAAAUUUGAAAAAAUAAGAAAUAUCAAAUCUAACCUUUUACCACCUUUGGAACAUAAAAAUGACAAAUCGUCGAAAACCGUAAGCAUUAAAAGCAAAAAGCUUUGUAAAUUUAAGCCUUCCAGUACUUAUAAAUUUGAUAAAUGCUUGCAAAAUGAAUACGCUUAGUAGCUAGAAAAAAUAUUAUAGUUUAUAACGUAAGGUUAUGGAACAGUUCCCAGUCUGUUAUGGAAUAUCCUUUACAAAAUUUUGAUUUACAAGACGAAACGGAGUUUUUACUUGGAGGCUCGAUAAAUCGUGGAAGCGAUACGGAAUGUGGGCUAGCAGUUCAAAGCAGAACACCUCGGAAACGUAAAUCUUUUACAAGUUUGUUAUGUUGCUGCAUGUGUUCGAUGUGGCGAAGAUGUUGCGGACCUCGCGAGCUGCGUUCUCGCACGAUACACUUAGGGAAGCCGACGCUUGGACAGUUCCCUGCCAAUACGAUAAGAAAUCAAAAGUAUAACAUUAUAACGUUUCUACCCAUCGUUCUUUAUCAACAGUUCAAAUUUUUCCUAAACUUGUAUUUUUUAAUCAUGGCAACUAGUCAGUUUGUGCCUGAUAUACGAAUUGGAUAUUUAUAUACAUAUUGGGGACCACUGUGUUUUGUACUGUUUGUUACAUUAUGUCGCGAAGCUGUAGACGACUUACGCAGACACAAACGAGAUCAGGAAGUAAACAAUCAGAAGUGCAAACGGCUGGUCAAAAACACAGAUAAGGGUUUCGAGACAGUUCCUGCAUCCAAAUUAAAAGUAGGCGAUUUAAUCAUCGUUGACAAAGAUGAACGGGUACCGGCCGACUUGCUCUUGUUACGUACAUCUGAAAAAAGUGGGGCUGUCUUUGUACGAACUGAUCAGUUGGAUGGAGAGACGGACUGGAAAUUGAGGCUUGCAGUUCCCGCAACGCAAAAACUGUCUACUGACCAUCAAUUAUUUGAAAUCAACGCCAGUAUCUAUGCUGAAAAACCUCAAAAGGACAUACAUUCGUUUAUUGGAACAUUUACUAGACACGAUUCUUUAAUGGGUGACGAAAGUUUGGAUCUUGAAAAUACUCUUUGGACUAACUGUGUAAUUGCUUCGGGUCAGGCACUCGGCUUAGUGAUUUACACAGGUCCAGAGACACGUUCUGUUAUGAAUAAUUCUGCACCUAGAUCGAAAGUAGGGUUGCUAGAUUUGGAAGUAAACACAAUUACGAAAGUAUUAUUUGUGGCCGUGAUAGGUUUAGCUUUAAUUAUGAUGGCUCUUAAGGGAUUUGGAGGGCCAUGGUAUAGAUAUAUGUUUCGAUUCGUUCUCCUUUUUUCGUACAUUAUACCAAUCAGUUUGAGAGUUAAUCUGGAUAUGGGAAAAACCUACUACUCGUGGGCAAUUAGUCACGAUCACGAUCCAAACAUGAGAGGUACUGCAGUGAGAUGUACAACAAUUCCGGAAGAAUUAGGCCGUAUAUCUUACUUACUGAGUGAUAAAACGGGUACCUUAACUCAGAAUUCGAUGGUACUUAAGAGAGUGCAUUUGGGUACAGUCAGUUAUGCCCAAGAUAGUUUUGACGAUGUCCGAUCGACUAUAAAACAAAUGUUUUCGAAUACAGACAAUCAAUCUUUGCAUCCUGGAAAGUUGCGGAAAUCCGAAAAUAUUCGAAUUAAAGAGGCUGUUCAGGCUUUAGCUUUAUGUCAUAAUGUUACUCCAGUGUAUGAGAGUGAUGACGGAAAUGACACAAACUCAUUAACUUCAUCUGAAACUGAAGCUGACCAACAUUUGAGAACUGCCACCGAUCGCAACAUGACCUACCAGGCCUCUAGCCCCGACGAAGUCGCUUUAGUUCAGUGGACGAAGGAAGUCGGCCUCGCGUUACAUCACCGCGAUUUAUCGACCAUGCAGCUAAGGACACCCGACGGCAGAUUAUUUCAUUAUUCUAUUUUGCUUGUCUUUCCGUUUACCAGCGAAACGAAGCGGAUGGGCGUCAUUGUUAAGGAUUUACAAACGGGGGAAAUAGUUUUUUAUUUAAAAGGCGCGGACGUCGUGAUGUCGGGAAUUGUGCAGUACACAGAUUGGUUGGACGAGGAGUGCGGAAAUAUGGCGAGGGAAGGUCUACGAACUCUGGUGGUGGCACGUAAAGUUCUAAGCGAGGAGCAGUACAAUGAUUUUGAAAGCCGCUAUAAUGCAGCCAGAUUGUCAGUGUCUGAUCGUGUACAAAGAGUGGCACAAGUUAUUGAAUCUCUGGAGCGUGAAAUGGAGUUGUUGUGCAUUACUGGCGUCGAAGAUAAGCUACAAGAUCAUGUGCGUCCAACUUUGGAAUUGUUACGUAAUGCUGGAAUCAAAAUAUGGAUGCUUACUGGUGACAAAUUGGAGACGGCCACUUGUAUUGCAAAAAGUUCCAGGCUUGUAUCGAGGACGCAAGGCCUUUUCGUGCUCAAAAAAGUUGAAACACGCACAGACGCACAUUUAGAAUUAAACGCAUUUAGAAGAAGAAGCGACUGUGCGCUAGUAGUGAGCGGUGAAAGUUUAGAAGUUUGCCUAAAUUAUUACCAACAGGAAUUCAUGGAGCUAGCAACGGCGGCGCCCGCUGUUGUUUGCUGCAGAUGUUCACCAACACAAAAAGCUCAAGUGGUGCAGUUAAUUCAGAAACAAACGGGUAAACGAACUGCGGCAGUAGGCGACGGUGGCAAUGAUGUUAGUAUGAUUCAACAAGCCGAUGCGGGUAUUGGCAUUGAAGGAAGAGAAGGAAAACAAGCAAGUUUGGCAGGCGAUUUCAGCAUACCUCAAUUUUCUUAUCUUGCACGGUUAUUGCUGGUUCAUGGCAGACACUCUUAUAAACGUUCGUCGUCAUUAUCUCAGUUUGUUGUGCAUAGAGGGCUUAUUAUAUCCACCAUGCAAGCAGUAUUCAGUAGCGUAUUUUAUUUAAGUUCAGUAGCUCUCUAUCAAGGUUUUCUAAUGGUCGGUUACGCUACAUUGUAUACAAUGUUUCCAGUUUUCAGUUUAGUGCUUGAUCAAGAUGUCAGCGCCGAGAUUGCGUUGACAUACCCCGAAUUGUACAAGGAACUGUCUAAGGGGAGAAGUUUGUCAUUCAAAACGUUUUUUAUGUGGGUACUUAUAUCGAUUUACCAAGGUAAGUGCAAUUACGAAUUGGGUUUUUAUAUCCACUUUGGAGAAAACCAAAAGCUAAGGUUAUUUAUUUUACUAUACUUUUUUCCACAUUUUAUUUAAGUAGCAAACUAAAAGGUGCGCUGUAUGCUAUAGCACGGCGAAUAUGAAUCAAAACUGUUCGGUCACAAAGCAUUAUUAACUUCAAUUUUGUUUUCCUCGCUUCUUUUGCCUCUUCAAUGGGAUAUCAUCCAACCCCGGAAAACUGAGAGCUUUGAGUGGGAAAAUUUAAAAAAAAAUUUAUUAUCAAUGAGUUAGGUAUACGACAAUUCUGAUGUAUUAGACUUCUUUGACACAAAGGAAGGGCACAAAUUUUCCAGCAACAGAAUGAAUUCAUCUUUUCAAUUGCUUUUGUAAGAACGCGCACUUUGCAUCUUUGUUCAAACCAUUACAAAAAACUCUUCACCUUUCUUGUUUCUUGACUUUAAUUAGUGCGGUAGUUUUUUGGCAAAGUGUGACGAACUUUGGGGUAGUCCGCGUAACAUGGUUGCUUGGCAUGAAAUGGAAAAGAAAU